CCGCUGCAUCGACUCCAGCACCCAGUCAGUCAGCGAUGAGCGGGGCCAGGAGCUUCGGACAGUGCGGCUCGGUGCUGGUGACCGGAGCCAGCCGCGGGAUCGGGCUGCAGAUGGUCGACAGCCUGGCUGGAGGAGGCUUCCCCCCGGGGAAGAUUCUAGCCACGACCCGGAACCCCGACGGCGCCAAGAAACUUCAGGAUCUGGCUCUGAAACAUCCCAACAUCCACAUCAUCCCUCUGGAUGUACUGAGCCAGGAGAGCAUAGAUACAUGUGUAGAGGAGGUGAGCCGGCUGGUGCAAGAAGAGGGUCUCAACUGCCUGAUCAACAAUGCAGGGAUUAAUGUUAGGAGUGACUUUCACACUGUUACAGCCGACAAGAUGGUAGAAAACUUCCGCACCAACGCUGUGGCUCCUCUAAUGAUCACCAAGGCCUUCCUCCCUCUGCUAAAAGCAGCUGCGUCCAGAGGAGGAGCAGCCGGCUCAGGGAGCAUGAGCAUCCAGAGGGCAGCAGUUAUCAAUAUUUCCUCUCAGCUGGGCUCUGUGGCGCUCAACUGGGGGGAGACUGCAAAUGUCAAAGAGUACCCCUACAGGACAUCCAAGUGUGCCCUAAACAUGGUGAGUCGCUGUAUGGCUACAGACCUCGGGCUUGAUGGGAUUCUCUGUUUGGCCAUGCACCCAGGCUGGGUCCACACCGACAUGGGGGGGUCUCAGGCUCCAUUGAGUCCAGAGGACACGAUUCCCUCCAUGUUGUCUGUGAUCGGUGGCCUGAGUGUAAAGGAUCAUGGGUCGUUUGUGAGCUUUUGUGGAGAGGUGCUGCCCUGGUGAUCCCGAACAUCACCAGUAAUGAAUAUGAUGAUUACGAGCGCUAUUAAACUUUGGCUGUUAAGUCAGUUAAGAUCAUCUUCAACUAUGCAAAGAUAAAUCUGUUACCAGCUCAGAGUUUUUCUUUAAUUCAGCUCCAUCUGCUGGAAGAACCCUUUUAUGGUUCAUUAUAUGAGUGGAUUAGUGUUCAUUAGGGCUGUAAUGAUUCUCGAAUCAAUAUAGACCACACAGUGUCCAGUAAAUCUCAUAGUCUCAUUGAUGUGAAAACUUCCACAAAU